AUGCUCCAAGAUUUGACUAUUUCCGUACAGGCCACUGAUAUUGACUAUACAAAUUCUUUUAACACUAAUUAUAAUAAACAAGAAGGCACUACAACUAUCCCUGAUGUCAGUUCAGAUAUAGACUUAAUUGCUGAAGAAAUCGAAUCUAGCACUCCCUGGGCAAUAAAAAGACAACGUAACUUAACACCUAAACCUCCUAACCAGGAAGAUUAUAUCUAUUUAAUUACAAAGGAAGAACAAGUAACUAGCAUUGAACAUACUCAAAAUAAAAAAGGAAAAGAAACAUUUAAACCAAACAUUGAAAGCAACAUAAAAAAUGAGUGUAAUCUUGAAGAUGAAAAGAAACUUAGUGACGAAGAAGAAAGGGAAUCUAGUGAUGAAGACAAAAGUUUAGAAGAGUUAGAU